AUGGACGGCUCGCAGCAUCCCACCAAUAGUGUAAACGAGACUCCGCCUGGUCAAACUUAUCCUUCGCCCACCGCCAUGACGUCCAACCAGCGGCAAACCGGCCCUCCCCUCUCUCAGACCCUUCCUCCGUUGCAGCCUUCCGCCUUAGCAAUGCAGCCCCUCUACGUCAGCCACCCGCACACGCCGCGCACCCCAGGCACGCCCAACGCACCUGAAUCCACCAACAACCUCCCUAGCUACCAGCAGACGUCGCAGCCCGGAGGACGCGGUGGGAUCUACUCAAUGCCUCAGAGCCAGUACCGUUUUCCCCAGGCGAUGACCACCGCGUCGCACCCGCAGCCCAUUGCUCCCGCGCCCGUCAGUGGUCGAGGGCCUCCUGUCUUGCUCCCGAUGCCUCCUGGUGGCAUCAUGCCUCAGCCCGGCGUCUCUUCGCCAUACGGACCCAGCUCGAUGAUGCAACCCAACUCGGUUCUCCAGCACGAGGGCGAACAGCCUACUCACGUUGUUGGCUCUCAGGGCCGACGCGGUAUCCUGCCCAGCGCUCCCGGCCGACCUGCCGCUCCUGCCGCUGGCACCGGCGGUACUAUGAACACGGUUAUUCCUGUCAAGAACGCCGAUGGGAAGCUUCCUUGCCCCCAUUGCACAAAGGCCUACCUCCACGCGAAGCAUUUGAAGCGUCACCUUCUGCGACACACCGGCGACCGCCCCUACAUGUGUGUGCUUUGCCGCGAUACGUUUUCUCGAAGUGAUAUCCUAAAGCGUCACUUCCAAAAGUGCUCUAUCCGUCGUGGAAAUCCCACCGGAGCUAGCCACUUGUCCCACCCUCAAGCUCAUGUUAAGAAGAAUGCCCAGGCCCAGAAGGCUGCUGGUCUUGCUCACGACGGUGACUUGAACCACUUGAACGGGCUUAGUAACAUCCCAGGAGACAACAUGGUCCACCCCUUCGGCAUGGUUCCCGUCCAAGACGGCAUGAACAACUUGGCCGGGGACCCGAAUCUUUUUGACAGCGGUAAUAACGCGGACAGGCGCCAGAUGCCCGUGAUGGGUUCCUCGCAGCAAUACGGUGCCGACGUCUCGAGCUCCAUGAACCAGCAGCAGCCCCCUGGCUACAGCAUGCCCCCGGGUCAGAACGGAAUGCCCAUGCAUGGCAAUUCAAAUCAAAAUCAACAAUCUGGCCUUGAUUGGGCUCAGAUGUUCCAGGCUGGUGCGUAUUAA